AAUAAUAAUAAUAAUAAUAAUAAUAAUAAUAAUAAUAAUAAUAAUAAUAAUAAUAAUAAUAAUAAUAAUAAUAAUAAUAAUAAUAAUAAUAAUAAUAAUAAUAAUAAUAAUAAUAAUAAUAAUAAUAAUAAUAAUAAUAAUAAUAAUAAUAAUAAUAAUAAUAAUAAUAAUAAUAAUAAUAAUAAUAAUAAUAAUAAUAAUAAUAAUAAUAAUAAUAAUAAUAAUAAUAAUAAUAAUAAUAAUAAUAAUAAUAAUAAUAAUAAUAAUAAUAAUAAUAAUAAUAAUAAUAAUAAUAAUAAUAAUAAUAAUAAUAAUAAUAAUAAUAAUAAUAAUAAUAAUAAUAAUAAUAAUAAUAAUAAUAAUAAUAAUAAUAAUAAUAAUAAUAAUAAUAAUAAUAAUAAUAAUAAUAAUAAUAAUAAUAAUAAUAAUAAUAAUAAUAAUAAUAAUAAUAAUAAUAAUAAUAAUAAUAAUAAUAAUAAUAAUAAUAAUAAUAAUAAUAAUAAUAAUAAUAAUAAUAAUAAUAAUAAUAAUAAUAAUAAUAAUAAUAAUAAUAAUAAUAAUAAUAAUAAUAAUAAUAAUAAUAAUAAUAAUAAUAAUAAUAAUAAUAAUAAUAAUAAUAAUAAUAAUAAUAAUAAUAAUAAUAAUAAUAAUAAUAAUAAUAAUAAUAAUAAUAAUAAUAAUAAUAAUAAUAAUAAUAAUAAUAAUAAUAAUAAUAAUAAUAAUAAUAAUAAUAAUAAU